UAAACAUGCCAUCAGAACAAUCCAAUCAUGUUGAAGAACCUACUAUAUAUAUAAGAGUCAGAAGAAGGCAAACUCCUCUGGAAAAUGCAGCGAGACUUUACCAUCUCACUGAAGAACAGAAAGAAGCUCAGUUGAGAAUGAACAGGGCAAAUGUAGUUAGGGAAUUUGUGCAGAUGACUGAUCCUUCUCUGCAGACACUGCUGGAGAAGUGCUCACUGGUCUUGAAUAUGGAUGUGGAUAUUGAGAGAAAGUAUAUUGAACUUGAUAUUUGGAGAGUGUUUGAGGCUAAUGCAGAGAAACCUCGGUUCCUUCAUCUAACACAAGGCUUAGGCAUCUUAGAAAAAUAUGCCUCCAAUUUGAUCAAGGAAAAUCGUCCUCCUUACUGGCGGAAUGUGAAGUUUACGAGUUCUCUCGUCCAACUUCAUGUUGGUCGACUCAUUGGUAGUCGUGAUAUUUUAUCACAAAUGGGAUACACACAAGAUAUUUCUGAUGGCGUUGCCUUCCCUGCAAAUGUACCUGAGCCUAAUGUUGUCAAAUUGAAAGACCUGGCAACAGAUUUGUUCUUUGCUAGGUUUGAAAUUGACACUCUGCUGGUAAACAAGCAUCCAUUUUAUGAGAUGGACCCACCAGUCCCACAGGAAGAAGUGGAACUUCCUAGGUUGUUUCAGGCCACCUUUCCACGAUCAUAUCCACAGCGUUUUCCACCAAGGGUAUCUAGGCCUCCGCUUCCUACUCUGGCAAGCACAGAAUCUAGUGUUUCAAGACCUAGUCAGCCAACUCCAACCAGUGCAAGGAACCCAACUCCCCGAUCUCCACCCACACCAUCACCACGGAGACCAGGGGGAAGGUCCCCCAUUCCACCACAAGAAAAGCAUAAAGAACAGGCCACAGUUGAAGAGCAAGUUUCUGAACGGAAUGCUGAAAGUGAAGGAGAUUCUGAAUAUGAAGAUGCUGAAGAUGGUAUUGACCAAGCCCAAGCAAGUGGGGGUUCUCAUACCCAGGUUUCCUCUAAUGCUGACUGUCGUAUAUGUGGAGCAUCUAUUGCAACUAAGUUGUGCCAAGAGUGUAAAGACACUUUUUGUGUUCCAUGUGAUGGUUUGUAUCACAAGCAUGCUUCUCGUCAACAUCAUGUCAGGACCCAGCUACCCACAGACACAGGCACUCCAUCAACAGAUCGGCCAGCAAGCAGUGCUGCUGCUACUGCUGCUCCUUCCUCUCCAGUACCACAGAAUCAGAGAACUGCUCUGUCUAAUACAGCCACAAAUGCAACUAAUGGAAUAAGACCCACACCUAGACCAAGGCCUGUACCUGCGCCAAGGCGAAACAUCAAGCAACCUCCUAAAACACCUGAACCUUAUGAGGAAGUUCGUCAACCCUCAAUACCCCCAAAACCUGUAACUUCCACUCCUCAGGUGCAACAGAACACAGGCAUACACCGACCUCCCUCUUCUGCAGCUGUAACUCAACAACCAGCCACACAAACUGGGAUAAGAGGAUCAAAUCAAAUCCAGGAUCAAACAAGACCAAUAUUGAGGCCGCCUCCUAUGCCACCAUCUUUUGGCACAACUCAGGGAAGUUCUCAGGGGGGGAUUGAUGAAAAUGAUAGAAACUACACAGCAGAUGAGGCCCCACCUCCCUUGCCACCACACAAGCCAAAGACAGCAAAACUCAAAACGCCAGUUGAAUCAAGGACACCAAUAAGUACACCACCUACCAGUUCAGAGGAAGACAGAGCCCUGUCCUGUCCUAACUGCUUCUUCCUAAACUCUGGUGGUAAUAAGAUCUGCUCGUUUUGUAAGAAACCUCUUCCAGCAAAAUCUGACACUAAGCCUGAAAACCAGUCAGCAUCACCACAGAGGCAAGGGUCUGUUGAUGUAAGAAAUUUCCCUUCCCCUGGUUUGGCUGCUCAAGAUCCAGCAAGAAGUACAGAUCAAUUUCAUGAGUCACAAGCAAGUGAGAAUGUCAUGUCAGCAACAAGAGCCAAUACUUUUUUCACAGACGAAGACUCUGACCAGCACUGGGCAUGUGAAUUCUGCACAUAUAUCAAUAGAAAUAGAACAAUUUGCGAGAUUUGUUUUAAAUCAAGAACUACUCCACUACCUCCUAAGAAGACAAAGCCUGUGAGAAAUCUGACGGAGAAAGCAUAUCCACCCCGCACUGUUACUAAUCUGGCCAUGCAUACCAGUCAACAAAUCCCUGCUGCAACUAUGCUAACCAGAAAACCAGACCUGCCAAAUUCUCCUGCAGCACCAACAGGGAGCCCAGUCAAUUGGCAAGCACCACAAAGAGGAAACCCCAUGGGACCACCUGCUGGACCACUCCUUGGGAACACCAAUCCAUCAGGAGGCCAGCCUUGGGAGGCAGCAGCAUUUGUACCAGGAGGUCCUCCUUUGAGAAGUCCUGCCCCUCCAGGUGUGACUAGUCCAGGCCAGGGGGGAAUUCUCAAUCAAACUGGAAUGGUUUAUCCAGGUGUAAACCCUGGUUUUCCCAGAUACCCUGAUGUGCUUCAUGAUCCACAUGGAUUUGUCCCCCCACCUCCAUUUGUAGAUCAAUUUGGUGCAACAGGUGUAGCUCCAGAGAUCAAUCCAGCAGCAACUGGAAACUCCCCUCUCCCACCUCCAGUUCCCACACCAGUAGAUGAAACUUCCCGUCGGCAUCAAGAAGAGAUUUACAUAGCUGGAGCUCGUUAUGUUGAAUGGCUAAAGGCAGCAGAAACAGAGGGCUUUACAGCAGAGGAGGUGAACAUAGCAUCCAUCCUCGGCAUAGAAGAUCGUCAAGGCCCUAUCCAUUGGCUGCAGACUAUGUGGUAUGAUUUAAUUCAUAGAGUCAUGGUGGAGCUGAGUGUACCAGAAAACUCCCAGGAAAUUGGGAAUGUUAGCCCUGAAGAAGCCAGAGAAGCUUUAAUUGAAUGCACUGGGGAAGUUUCCCGUGCAGCCAGUAAAUGCAUUGAAAACCGCAAGAAGAAGGUAAAAGAAUUACAGCAGGCUGGUGUUUAUGCCAAAACAGAUUGUAUAAGUGCUCUGGAUACUGCUGAGGGCAAUACUGAGAAAGCAAUACUUGAACUUGAAAAAAUGGCAUUGCAGCCAAUGUUACAAAGAAUCCUCAACAGUUGUCUUCCAGAUACAGCAACUCAAGAUGAUAUUUUCAGGGCUUUGACAAGACAGACUGAUAAUCAGUCCCCUCAAGACAGAGCUAACUUUGAAGCAAUUGUCAAAGACGGAGGUCAAGACAGAGACAGACGUAUUAGAGCCAUUUUGGCAGAGAAAGAUGUUUCAUCCUGGGGAAGGGCAGAUAUUGUAAUCAAAUUAAUUGAUGAUGGCUUUGAAGUGGAAGACUCUCUUACAGCUGCCCGCGGUUGUAGGGAUUACAGAACUUGCUUACGCUUUCUCAAACAAGAGUGCCCACUGUGCACAGAUGAAAGGCCUAGGACUCAGAUGAUCACAUUCCUUCAUUGUCAACACAGUGUUUGCCAAGAUUGUGUCACACAGUUUAUCACAAUUACUAUUCGAGACAAGAAUAUAAUGCACCUUGUGUGUCCAGUCUGUGGGAAACCUGAAAAUUUAGAUGAUGAAGCUGUAGCUACAGAAUACUUCAAUAAUUUUGACAUCAUGAUCCGUGGCCUGGUUGAUCAAGAAACUCAUGACUUAUUUCAAAGGAAGCUCCGAGACAGAACACUCAUAAAGGAGCCCAACUUCAGGUGGUGCUCACAUUGCUCAUCAGGGUUCAUAUAUGAAACGCCUGAGAUUUUGAAGAUGACGUGUCCUCACUGUCACCAAUACGCCUGUUUCAAAUGCAAGCGAAAGUGGGAAGACCAGCAUGAGGGUAUCACAUGUGAACAGUUUACUGCAUGGAUGGAACAAAAUGAUCCUGAUUUUCAAGCAGCAGGACUGGCAGCCCACUUGAAGAGGAAUGGAAUUGUGUGCCCCAACUGCAAGUUUAGGUAUGACCUAUCCAAGGGUGGUUGUAUGCACUUCAAGUGUGCUAUGUGCUCACAUGAAUUCUGCAGUGGCUGCUACAACUCUUUUAUUCAUGCAGAAAGACAGAACUGUCCUGUGUCAGAUCAAUGCACUGUCAGGGGACUACAUGCUCACCAUCCACGUGACUGUUACUUUUACCUGAGAGAUCUAGAGCCAGAAGAACUGCAGAGGCUGUUACGUGACAACGAUGUGGAUUUCAACACAGACCCACCAGAAGGUCAAGGUAAUGCUGAUGAAGCUCAAGCAGGAGCAGCUGCACCUUUGGUCUGCAAAGUGAAUGAGCAGAAAGAAACUGUGGAUGGCUUGCGUGACGAAGAGUGUGGAGAACAAGUUCAAGCUGGAUAUGCAGGGCUUUGCAAAAAGCAUUAUGUGGAGUAUCUGGUUGUACUGGUCAAUGACAACUUGCUAGACCCUGCUGACAUUAUGUCGCCUGAAGACCUUGGCCAUGUAUUAAGGCGAGGCUUUAAGGAAACGCCUCAAAAGCAACCCAGAAUGAGAGAAAAUCAAUAUCAGCAGCUACUGUUACAAACUGUUAAGGAUGAACUUAUGUUGCCACCAAAACCUCCAAGAAAAAGAAUAUUAGAUGAUGCAGAAGAAGUGCAUAAUGCUCAAAAUGCUGUAAUAGAUGAAAGUGAUGAAGGAGAGGAGGAUGAAGAUGUUAUUUUUUUUGAAGAAGAAGAAGAUGCUGAUGUAGAAGGUUUUUAAGGUUCUACAUCACUUGGGUUACAAAAUGAUCUGUUGCCUCUUUGAAAAAUAAAUUGCCUUGGUUUAAACAUGCACAGCUUCCUUCCAGUAUGGAUUGUAAAUAUUCUUAUAAUCUUGUACAUAGUUCAAAAGAACAGUUAUUAUUUCUACAAUGAUCAUUGGGUAAAUUGUUUUAUGAUUCUUAUUAUGAUCUGGGAACUUUAAAGACAUAAGUGAAGAAGCAUUAAGUAACUUGAUUUCACUUCAACAGUAAUGUAGUACUGCAACAUGGAUAUUCAUCUUGUCAUGAUUUUAGCUCAAGUUAAUAAGCAAUUAAAAUAGAAUCAAGCCUCAGGAUAUUUUCAGGAAAUCUUAUUUUCUUAGGGCUGAUUUCAAUUAUUCUAUACUGAAGUGGAAAAACAAUUUUUAUGUGAUUACUAGUACUAUAUAGUUUGGAGGUUCACUAUUAUUAUGCAUUGCACGAGACAGCUGCAUAACUCCUUUUUCUGCCUCUUUUUCUGAGUUAAUUGAGAAUAUGUAUAGGAUAAAUUUUUUUGUGUGCAUUUUUUAUUUAGAUUAGUGAGAGAUCUUGCCUUCUAGUUGGUGAAUGCAUUUAGCAGCUAAAUAUUUUUGGUAGUUAUAGUUGUUAAAUGUUAAGUUAUAUAAAUGCUGUGGUAUGCCUCGCACAGAAAUUUCAAAGUUUUGGGGAUGACAUUCUAAUUUCGAAAAUUCUCGAUUUUUCUUUUCUUUGUAUUUUGGCUUUGCAGUUGGCAACUCCUUGCCCAGUUUGACAUAUGAUAUUUAUUUAAUGCUAUUAUAACCACAACUUCAACUAAAAUGAAAAUGUGUGCAUGCAAGACUGACCAGCAAAUAGCUCCUAUGAUGUACCCAGUUUUGGUAGCAUAAUGUUAACAGUAGUUUUGCCACUCUCUGGGGAAGGAGUGCUGGUGUGUCACAGGUUAUCCUCUAGUACCCAUUUGCACUUUUUGGGUGGUUGAGACAAAUUAAAAACCUCUAAAUCAGGUAUGAAUUUCUACUUUGAAUAGGUAAUUUUUAAUCCAAGUAGUUUUCCCAUAAUUAGUGAUAACAAUGUGUAAUGGGUUAAUUUUAUUCCUGCAUGGUUAAUAGAAAUCUAGAACCCUGUUAAUCAGAUAGAUUUUAUUUUACUUUUUUUCAUAAUUAAUGAGUGUUUUGUAAUCUGAGCACUUUCUCUAUAAACAGUUAAAUUAUGAUACUAAAUGAGUACACAAGGCUGUUAUAUUCAGAUUUGAAAUUACCCAAAUUUGUUUGCAAACAAAGCUGAAAGGGACAGCAAGUAGCAAUUGCAAAUUAAAAGACCUAUUAAUGUUAUGUCUGUAUUUGAAGAGGUAAGUAGCACAGUAGUUGACGACAAUAUAUCUUGUCAUUAAAUACUACAGGUAGUCCUUUUUUUGUUUAGCUUUGACACCUCUUAAAGCUGUAUUUUAGAAACAGAAUAGGUGAGUAUAAGCUAGUCAGGUUUUCUCCUGAACAUUACCUUAGUCCCAAAAUAAAUUCAAAACCAUAUGAAAAUGCAGGAUUGUUUACAAGAAUGAAAGUAAGAGGGUUAACUCAGAUGCAUUUUCCCCUGUUUUAUUUUCACUAGGGUGAGGGCUCUUCCUCUAUGUUAUAUUCAAAGAGUGAAGAUUAUUUCAGAACUCCUAUAGUAUGAAGUAGUAUGGUGGUUGGGUUAUAAUUACAUUGGCUCCACCAAGAUUUUUUAUUUGGGACUAGUUGUAUGAAACAUUUUACCACCAAGUUACGGAAGUCCUGCCAACUUUCACAUCCUAAGAAAUGUGUUCAAAGCAUGGUAAGUAUCAUGGAAGUGAAAAGGAAAUUAACACACUUUUAUUACUGUGUGCAGCUGUAGAACAGAGAGGUUUCAAAUCUCAUGAAA